GCUUGUUGUUUUGGGUUUGCUGGGACCACGUGUUAGCACAAGGUCUUCGCUUGUGCUGCUAACUGCUACACAUUACUACGCUUUUCUCUCGUCCGCGAAGCUCUUUAGCCUUUUGCGCGGUGUUGUUCGACAUGUCAGCGGGCAGCCAGAGCACCAGAUGCCGGGACAUCCCAGCUGUCAGGCGGGUGGCGAUCCUCGAUGCAGCCCAUAUGCCCCAGGACUACUCCACCACUCCGGGAGGGACCCUGUUCAGCACUACGCCUGGAGGAACCAGAAUCAUCUAUGACCGCAAGUUCCUGCUGCAGUGCCGGACCUCUCCCCUGACCCGGACCCCUCCCAACCUGCCAGACAUCCCCGGAGUGACCAGACCCAUGAAGUCUGAGCCCGAACUACCCGGAGCCCCCGUCCACAAUAAUAAUGAGCUCAUCCAGGAGGAGGCUGCAGGAGAGGAGGCCCAGUUUGAGAUGGACAUCUGAGAAGCCGUUGUCAGGAUCACCAUCACUUGGAAAUGGUUUAUGUUUGAUAUUAUUAAAUGUUUACUACUAUGAAAAAUAACUAGGGUAAUGUGAAGCCCAGUUAUACUCAAGUAAAAGAUGAUAGACAGUAUUUUCUACUGUUGUUGAAUAAUGAAUUAAUUCAGCUCUGGCACCAUCUGGUAUUACAAAGCCAUUAAAAUCUAUUAGCUGUUUUUGAGGCUUAAUUUUUCUUCUUUGUUAUUAUUGUAAUAACAAUUGAACUUUUUGAUAUUUAUGGUUUAAAAAGACAAUACAAUACCUUGGUCGGGAUUGUACUAUUAUUGUUUUCCCUUUUCUUUUUCAUUGGCGUAAUAUGGUGUUGGUUAUUUGCUGCUGUAUGUUAUCACAAUGUAACAUCCAAAUCUAGAGUGAGUUUUUUCUAAAGAUGUGCUAUAUUUUACUUGAAUAAAUAUAGAAAUGUUUAUAUGACA